CAGAAUGACAGCAGCGCGCGCGGAAUAAAUGCUCGCGUACCGGAGCGGCAGGAGAGCAGAGCUUCUCACGCGCUGCGUGUUUAUACAGCGGCUCGCUUAGACAUGCCACGCGUCUUCUGAGUGGGACAUCAAGAGAAAAGUCUGAACCGUUCAUCGGAAUACUGGCAAGGGGAUAACCGCACUGUUUGAGGCGAUAUUUAUAGCCUUUCAAAGUGGAGAGAUCUGACGCACAGCAAGACACAAUGCAGGAAUCUGAGCCCAGUGUGUGUCAGCUGCAGCCCAACAUCAUCUCAGUGCGCCUCUUCAAAAGAAAGAUCGGUGGGCUGGGCUUUCUGGUCAAACAACGUGUGUGUAAGCCGCCUGUCAUUGUUUCUGAUCUCAUCCGGGGCGGGGCAGCGGAGGAAUGUGGGCUGGUCCAAGUCGGCGACAUCGUUCUGGCCGUGAACAACAAGCCUUUGGUGGACCUGAGCUACGAAUGUGCACUCGAGACCCUGAAGAACGUGUCACCUGAGAGCCAUGCCGUCCUCAUCCUCCGUGGACCCGAGGGCUUCACUACUCACCUGGAGACCACGCUGAGCAGUGAUGGGAAACCCAAAACAGUUCGCAUCACCAGGCCUGUCAACCCCACUCAGAGCAGGCCGUGCGAUCGAUGUUCGCCUCACAGCCCAAACAUGACCAAAGAGCUCCGGGCCAUAGAGAACCUGUCCUCUUCCUCUACUCCCAGGAAAGAACCACGGGAGAGCAAAGUCCUAAUUCCCCUGCUCACACAGGACUCUCUGCUCAGAGAAGGAGGACAUUCAGCCCUCCUCCUUAACGGGGUGGAGGAGAACAACGACCUGCUGAAGGAGAUCGAGCCAGUGCUGAAGCUCAUCAAGAAUGGCAAAAAAGAGAUCAAUGGAGAAGGUCAGAGAGUCUUAGAGAGGAAGGAUGUUGAAGUGCAGGUAGAGAGGUGA